ACACACUCUCUCUCUUUCUCUCUCACACACACACACACACUCUAUUUCUCUCUCACACACACAAAACACACUGCGGGGAGAUUUAAACAUCGUCACAGCUUCUGGAGCACUGCAGGAGCUGUGUGUGUGUGUGUGUGUGUGUGUGUGUGUGUGUGUGUGUGUGUGUGUGUGUGUGUGUGUGAAACGCGACCAUGAGAAAGAAAGAACGGAAUUUAUAUUUCUGAUCCUGAAGACAACAUGAGGAACCAGGAACACACCUGCACGCAAAGUUCAUCCAGACACUGAUGAUGCUUGAGGAAUCUGCUCUCUAUGCAAAUGAUUGGAGAUCUUUCUCCACACGUGGGAUUGAGGAACUUCACUUCGUCACCAGCUCCAUGGAUGUGUGGGUUAUUUCUCACACCUCCCACAUCUGAGCUCUGGAACAGAAGCGAGAAGAGAAGGCGUUCCUGAGGUUCCUUCUAAAUGCUAUGAACAUGAAUAAGUUCUGAUCAUCAACGCAGUCAUGGAGUAGAACAUGGUGCACUUCAUUACAGGGUUCCUCUGAUGUUCCUCUUUUAGAAAUAAGUGUUUGUUUAUUUGUUAAUAAGCAGAAGAUCAGUGGUGUGACUCCCAGAUGGAGGUUCAGGUGCUGGUGUGGAUGUUUGCCCUGCUGUGUUUGGAGUGUGUGUGGACGGAGGACAGGCUCCCUCCUUCAGAUAGACACGCCGUGUACUGGAACAGCUCCAAUACCAGGUUCUGGCACGGAGAAUACACCGUCGCUGUCAACAUCAAUGACUACCUGGACGUGUAUUGUCCAUACUACGAGGACCCACAGCCGUCCAGCCGGAUGGAGCGCUACAUCCUGUUUAUGGUCAACCACGAAGGCUACGCCACCUGCGAACAUCGCAUGAGGGGUUUUAAACGCUGGGAGUGCAACAGGCCGCAGAACGUUGACGGGCCGCUGCGCUUCUCUGAAAAGUUUCAGCUUUUCACGCCAUUCUCACUCGGCUUCGAGUUUCGGCCCGGACACGAGUACUACUACAUCUCGUCUCCUCACCCCAAUCAUGCUGGAAAACCCUGUCUGAAGCUGAAGGUUUAUGUCAAACCAGCAGACGGCUCAGCGUUCGAGUCUCCAGAGCCGUUCCUGAUUGAUGGAGGUCGCAGUAACGAGCUUCACCUGCUCUCCGUGGCUGUGGUGAUGAUGAUGGUGAUGGUGUGAAUGUAGCACUUGAACUUUUAUUCCCUCCUUUUUACCCCUCAGGGAAGCCUUUUUGCCCUUCAUCUGCCCCACGUGUGCUGAUGAGCACUAAAGCUAAAACACUGGACAGAGCGAUGUGGUCUGAGCCUGACAAACAUCACAGAUUAUUAUUAUUAUUAUUAUUAUUAGGAUUGUUAUUGUUAUUGUUAUUAUUAUUAUUAUUUGGGUCAGAGUUUUGCUUUGAUGCAUGGACACUAAACACAAAAAUGUGGCUUUUUUUUCUUUGCUUUAUUCAUUACAUCUGAGGACGAGUUCCUUGCAGAAGAUGUUUCCUGAAAUCUCACGUCGCCUCUGAGUGUCCUUUUCUUUCUGACUGAUGACACUAAAAGACUUCCUGAGGAUUCAUUUUAAAGAUUUGAGAACCAGCACCUAUAAAAACCUAGUUAAUGUGCAUGUAAAACACUGUGAGAUAAAAAAAUAAAAUAAAAUAAUAAUUCUUACAAUAUUAA